GAAGGCACGACAGAAAUGGGAAGUUAUAAUGAUGACAAAUGAUAUGACAUAACUUGUACUUAUAUUUGGUGACAAAAUAUAUCUUUACGAAUUCCGAAAAGGCAGACAUUUAGACAAUUAGGAAAUUAAAACAGGAUAAGAGAAACAAAAGUUAUUGGAUAAUAUUAUGAAAACGAAGAGUGAAUUAAAAUACUUAGUGAUUUUUGUGUUAGUAAUUUCCUUGUUUGACGGCAACUAUUCCUACCCGUCAUACCAAUCGUCCAUUCCAAACGGAGAUAAAGCGCCUCAUCCCUGCCACCAAAACAAGCUCUGGAAUGGAGUUGGACACGAAUUACCUGGAGGUGGAGGACCUCUGAAUCCAUUCGGAAUCGAUCUGUAUCAAAACAAAGUAAAGACUGGAAAGAUCUGGACUAAAUCUAUAUGUGAAGCUGAUUCUGAUAGUGAUGGUCGCUCUAAUGGACAAGAACUUGGAGAUCCCGACUGUUUAUGGACAGAGAAUACCAGUCAGCUGUUCAUUAAUUCUACAAUCACUCAUCCAGGAAUUUGUGAACCAACAGAAAGCGAAAACUGUAGAAAGAAGAAUAAAUGGUUGAAAUGUGAUGACAAUAAUUUGCAUUGUCCUUCUAUCCAAGAGGAUCCUGAUGUAAAAGAAUUGGCAUUGAGAAUUCCAAAAACUAGAGUGCAACACAAGGGUAGUAGAUACAUAUGUACACACCUACAUGUACCAUUGGAUGGAGAUUAUCACGUGGUUGCAGCUAAACCUUUCAUUGACAAUAGCCGUGUUAUUCAUCAUAUUGUACUUUUUGGAUGCGAUGCCGUAGAGAAUCAGCCCAGAGUGAACGAGGUGAACACUUGUGUUACAAAUGAAGGACCUUCGUUUUGUCACAUGGUGACAGUUUGGGGUCUUGGCAUCAAAGGGGAAUGUUUCCCUGAUAAUUUUGGUAUUCCGAUUGGUAAUAACGGCUACACAAGAUUUAUGUUACAGAUUCACUGGCAGAAUUCUGAAGAUAAUAUGGACUACACUGACAGUUCAGGAAUGAUUUUGUAUUACACUCCAAAUCUGAGACCAUAUAAUGCUGCAGUCUUAACUAUCGGUCAGACUAUGUUUCAUUUACCACCAGGACAAUCCGAGGUCAAAGUUAACGGGAAUUGUACUGGACAAUGUACGAAACGGGAAUUCCAAGGACCUAUAUACGUUCAUUCUUCAUUUAAUCACAUGCAUUCUUUAGGUCGGAAACAAAGAGUAGAACAGUAUCGGAAUGGUGCUUUAAUCAAUAUAAUCUCUGAUCUAGAUAAGUUUUCAUUCGACAGACAACACAUUACAAUACAUGAUCCACCAAUAGAAAUACAACCUGGCGAUGACUUACGAGUUACCUGUACUUAUGAUACCACUUCUAGGAACGAAACAACAUCGUUUGGACAAGGAACAGAGCACGAAAUGUGUUUUGCCUUUUUAACCUUUUAUCCAUUUGAGAAUGUUCAUUCUAUUUUAAAGUGUUUCACAUGGUUAAAAUUUCCCCACUGUUUUAUUCUUGACAUGAUGAGUUUUGCGAAAAAGGUGAAGACAAACCCAUUUAUGAAAAUUGGGAUUCAGGCUGCAAUGAAUUCUCUAAAGAAGCAUGGAUAACAGGUAUCACCAUACCCAGUCAUUUAGAGGAAUACUUGUGUUUUAGACAUAAUAAAUCGGAUGCAUAGUGA